CUCUGCAGAUUUUUUCCCCAGAGUUUGAGCAGAUUUUAAAGCCGAACCUCCUCACUGUUGUUACCUUCAUCCUCCUCUUCCCCCUCAUCAUCAGGUCCGGCGGGAGCAGAGAGGGAAAAGAUGGGUUGUUGCUCGGCGCGGUGCAUGCUGAUCCUCCUGUGCUGUGUGCAGCUGAUCACAGCGCUGGAGAGGCAGGUGUUCGACUUCCUCGGCUACCAGUGGGCUCCCAUCAUGAUCAACUUCUUCCACAUCAUUGCGGUCAUCCUCGGCCUCUUUGGGGUCAUUCAGUACAGAACACGCUAUGUGAUCAUGUACCUGCUGUGGAUGAUGCUGUGGGUUGGCUGGAAUGUCUUUGUGAGCUGUCUCUACCUGGACCUGGGUGGACUUUCAAAGGACAGCGACAUACUCACUCUGGGAGUGUCGUCACAUCGCUCCUGGUGGAAGGACAACGGGCCGGGCUGUGAGACUGAGAGUCUUCCCUCCCCUGAGUGGCCGAAGCAGCAGAACCCUGAGCUGAGCACUGUGCUGAGCUGCUGGUUAGAGUAUCAAUACAUCGAAAUCCUGCACUGCAUCGUCCAGCUCCUCAUUUCUCUCCUGGGAUUCGUUUACGCCUGCUACAUCGUCAGCACUUUCUCAGACGAGGAGGACAGCUUUAAUUUUAUUGGUGAAUUCCAUCAUCCAUCCAAACCCUCUCAGUUGUUCUUCUAAUAAAGAACUGCAGACUGUAAGUAACCAGAAAAGUCAAGCGGUUGAGGACAAGCAAAGAACAUGCUGUACUUCCAUGGAGACGACUUUGAAAACUGUGACCUGCUUUGGCCUGGUUGUCAUUAAAACAUCAGUCCCAAGUGCUGAACUUCACUGUGCACACAUUGUACGCACCGCAUGAGUCAAGACAGGAAUGUUCAGAUUAUCACUGUGUUAAAAUGUAGACUAUGCCAUUACAGGUACAUGUCAAAAAUUAGAAUAUAAUGAAAAAGCCAUUUUUUUCAUGUGAUUUGAUUCAAGAAAUGAACCUUCAAUAUAAUCUAGAUUCAUCUCAUACAAGGUGAAAAUUUUAAACUCUUUGGUAUUAAUCUUGAUUAUGGUGCACAGCUCACAAAAAUCAAAACUCCACAAUCUCAGAACAGUAGAAUAUCA